GUAACAGAGACCUGGCUUUAGCUUUGGUAGACGUUUGCUACCACUCAGAUAAAACCCUCUACGUUAGCGUUAGCUGGCGUAGCUAACAUUAGCUAAUGCUCAACAAGAUGGCCAGGAGUGUCUGGAGUUUUAGCGUGCUGCUGGUCGUGUAACAGUGCUUAUAAUGCCUGGUUUUUACAGAGAUGAGCGGUGAGAACGUGAAGUUGUUUGUAGGGAACCUUCCUAUAGAUGCUACGCACGAAGAACUGAACAAGCUCUUUGGUCCAUAUGGAGAGAUCAACACCUGCUCGUUGCUGAGACAGUAUGCUUUCGUUACCCUGAAGGGAGAGGGGGCAGCAGACAGGGCGAUACGACAUCUUGAUGGCAAAGAGUACCGAGGCAGACCCCUGGUAGUCGAAGAGUCACGAGCACGCCCACCCAACUCCACUAAAGUGUUUGUGGGGAACCUCAGCGCUACAUGUUCAGCAGAUGACUUGCAUGGGCUGUUCUCAACCUUCGGAAGAGUUUUAGACUGUGAUAAAGUCAAAGCAAGGUUAUGCUCAAAUGUCGGCUAUGCAUUCGUGCAUAUGGAGAGGAAGGAGGAAGCCUUGGCGGCUAUUGAGGCACUCAAUGGGACCAUGUUCAAGGGGCGUCAGUUGGCUGUAGAGCUGUCCAAAGCCCAACCUCUGAUAAACCAGAUUAUGACAGCCGGAAAUUCAGCUAACCCCACAGGUGCUGUAACAGCAGCAGGUGGCAGAGAGGGUCUUCUUCCACGACCGCCUCCGUCACUAGAGCAUCAUCAGAGUCAAGCAGCUGUGCUUGCUGCAGCUGCAGCUGCUGCAGCUGGAUUACCCAUACAAGUUCAACAAAGUGUCCAUAACUCUUUCUACAACACCACAUCCUUUGACCCCACCUACGCUGCUCUGAAAGGGAUCACCAGUUCUAAAGGUGCAGAUGGAGUCAUAUAUGGAGCUCUUGCCAGCCAAGUGUAUGGAUCUGUAGCUGACCAGGUGUUUCAUGAGCUGGCAAAUCACAAUUCUGCAGCGGCCGCAGUUGAGGAAGAGGUGGAGCCCCAGACUGUACCAGAUCCAACAACACUUUUCGAAGCAGCGAGAGCCAAGUUCUUUCAGGAGGGACAGAAGGUUCUGGCAGAGCAGCAGGCAGGGAGAAAGGCAGCACCUUCAGAUAAUGAGCGGGACCGCAGCCCAAUACGAGGAAAUCGAGCUCCUCUCCUCCCUGACCCUGUUCCGGGUUCAUUUGCUCAGAUACGCCCCAAACGACGUGCCCUGCUUCCAACACCACCUGGAGCACCUGAAGACCCCGUCGCUGCCACCACCACCACAACUCCUGAAGGAGCGGAUCCUGUUGCAAGGUCAUAUACAGAAUACUACCAACAAAUGCAUCAGUACCAGCAGUAUCAACAGUACCAGCAACAGUACCAGUACCUCCAGUAUGCCUACACCAAUCCUCCACCACCACCUCCGCCUCCACCGGCAACCACACAGGCACCUGCUUCCACCACAACCCCUGCACCACCAGGGACAUAUACAGCACUCCCAACAUAUGCCGCAUCGGAUUCCUAUGCAGCACCAGGAACGUACGACACUUCGGGAAGUUAUGACGCCUCAUCGGGGAGCUACGACGCUUCAUCCGGGAGCUACGAUGCCUCGUCUGGAAGCUACGACGCCUCAGCGGGCUAUGACACAUCUGGAGGCUACGGGGCACCGGGAGCAUAUGAUUCAUCGGGAGCUUACGGAGCGGGAAGCUACUCCACCUCCACACCGUAUGAGCAGACACCCGCACACGGGCAACCCAUGCCCCCGCGCCACGAUUACCCUUACCACACGCCAGAACCCCCUUAUCGAUAGUCCCACCCCCCUCCCACACGCUCCUUUACACAUGGCAGAUGUGUGAUUGUGUGUGUGCGCGUGUAUGUGUUUGUGUGUGUACGUCAGCGAACAUACAUAAGGGACAGUUUAAAGGCGAAAAACAAGAGAGUGGGCAAGGUUGUGAUUCUCCCCUGUUUCUCCAUCUUGACCAACUAGUCUCUCAAUGGAUGAUUACUCUGUUAAGUGGAUGAUUAUGAGCUAGCAAGGUCUCUGGAGUAGUGGAGAUGAGGGAGGCAGCUGAUACUGGAGUGCUGUUAAGCAUUUAUAGUUCCUGUUAGAUGUGAUAUAGAGGCACAGCUGGUUCCUUGUUGAAUGUUAAAGCUUAAAUUUUGCCUCAAACAAGGUCGGACUCAGAAGGUGGGUUUUUGUCACUUCAGAAGAGCUUUUUGUUCGGUGUCAGGCGAAGCCAUUUUAUGUACUCUACAUAAAAGAUUGUUGCUGCAUGAAAUGUGCAGUCUGGCAACUCUUUACAUCAUCGUAUAUUGCAGACAAAAAUACAAAGUACAGAUAAGUAAAUUAUAAACCGGUUUUAUCCAUGGAAACAUAUCCUGUACAACUGGGACUGUAUGACUUUGUUAUUGUUUUUAUAAAACACUAAUUUCUCUACAGGCCCAUGAUGUUCAUUCAUGACGGCCAACUUUGGGUUGGCUGCAAUUUAAUGUGCUGUUGAGCUGUAUUGCUUUAUACUAAUUGUUUCUAUAAUUUUGUCCCCUUUUGUAUAUCUGUCAGGGUGUUGAAGAAACAUCUCUUUGUAUAAUGUUGUUCAGUUAGACAGCACCUCAAACUGCAGUCUGCUAUGAAGAACACAAAGUUGACUCAGCACGUCUCCAACAAUAACAAAGUACAAACAGUUGUGCUUGCAUAUUUGUUGUGGCUUUUGUAGAGUAUGUAACGAGGCUUAGUCUGAAGUCAUUUGUAGCGAUGCUUUCGUAACAAUAAACCUGUUUUGAUCAGACGCACAACCUCUACAUGUAAUAUGGUGUUUGAAGAUGGAAAGCAGAGCUGAGGUAAAAGGAAGUUUGAGUGGUUAAUCAAAUUGAUUGUUUCAUUUAUUGAGGAAAUUUGAUCCCGUACAGAUUGAAAUUGUGUUGUUAAAUUGACCAGAUGGCAUCUCAAAUAAUGUAUCAGGCUGGUUUCACUUAAGCCCCUUUCAGACAUGGGAUAGAAAACAUCAGUCUUGUAGAUUGACAGCACUUGGAUCAUACAUGAAUUCUUCUCACGGCUUCGUUCAGGCACACAAACAGCUUUCAAUAUAUCCAAAAGACCUAUCUCACUGGUGUCAUUGGGCAUUGUAAGCAUCACUCUGUAGAUGUAGUUUCACUUGAGAACAUUUGUUCUCUCCUUCCUCGUCAGUACCUGCAGGGUUUCUCUGAUUUUGAGUGUGUGGGCUGCCGACUGAGCAGCUUCUCCCACACAAGCUCAGAGACAUCAUCCUGUCUUCUGGACUGAAUAAAGCAAACACAUACACUUGAUUAUUGUUUUUGACGCACAUGUGACAGCAUGCAUCCAGACAUGCACCAUAUUAAAAGAAAUAUGUAAGUCUUACUAGGUAGACCUAGUGAGAUUGCUGUGUCUGAAAGGGGUUUUAGCUGACGGUGUAGUCUUAAAAAAAUAAAAGAAUGGGGGCUGUUCACAUGAAAACAUUUCCUGAGCUUACUCAUUUGCAGGGUGAGAGGAGUGACUUUGAAGUAAAUUUCUAGACCAUCCUCCUAACAUACAAGAGUUGGACUGGUUUUUGAUGGAUAUAAGCAGUGUGUGAAUAACCUGCUUGAUGUUUCAUAGUUUUGCUAUUUUGGGCAGUAUCGAUUAAAGCAGAGUAGACCCACAAGAGUGCAUGAUUUCAGUUGAGGUAGAUGAUUAUAAUUUACCUUACUUUUCUUCCCCUCUUGGCUUUCUGUAAAUCUUGAGGUCUGUGCAAACAAAAAUAUGUUCCAACCUCAGGAACUGAAUAUGUCCUGUCAGUUUUUGCUUUAAAGGUCGGUUUUGCCUUUAAACGUCAGAACAGUCUUCACGUAAUUUAGUAGUUAUUCACACUUAGUUCUUGUUUUGUGUUCAAUGCAUCCACAUCUUUCUCUGAUUAUAAGCAACAUUCAGUUGUUCAAUAGUUUUGGGGGUUUUUUUGUUGGUUUUGUAUAUAUGUGAAUUUAUAAGAGCCAGGAGGAAUGUCAGCAAGCGAUGCAUGGCCAAUGGAGCUAAUAGAAUUUGAGCAAUUAAAAUUCAACUUUUAAUUUUUCUUUCCUCUUUAUUUUUUUAUUUUUAUUUUUUGACAUCUUCCAUUAGUUUCCUUUUUUUUUUUUUUUUUUUUUUUUUUUUUUUUUUUUUUUUUUUUUUUGUUUGUUUGUUUGUUUGGAAGUCUCAUCAGCUUCUGUCAUACCUUUGGUCUCAUGGAUAGCUGUGGUGAUUUAGACGGAAAGAAAAUCUACAAUUUGGUACAAAUGUAAAUAUUUAAAAAGAUGCCAACCAACAUUUGGUAGGAAUAUUGACUGUUAAUAAAAACAUAGUGAUUGUAUUUCUUUCUAAACAGUUGGAGACCUGGUGUAAUUGGACAGUUCAGUUGUACCAGACUCGUAAAAAGAGGCAGCCGUUUGUAUGGCAGGGAGGGAUUACAGUUGUGCUGUAGCAUGUAGUGAGUGAUGGUGAGUUGUAGUGGCAUUGGCGAGUGAAGUAAAAAGAGAAAGCAACUGUGUGUGUGUGUGUGUGUGUGUGUAUCGAAGGGUUUUAAGCUGAGCAGACUUCAGGUGAUGUUCUCAGUGCUGAUGGUGAUGCGAAAGUCGUUUUGGAUUUUGUAGAGGCCACUGAUUUUUCCCGGGCAGAAGUGAGAAGGCACGAAGACCUUUCCUUUUCUCUUCUGAUCUCACCAGAAGCACACACAGGAUUUCUCAGCAUCCAAAUCACACCUAGACAACUUUCACCUUAUAACUGGGUUAGUUCAUAUAAUUUAUAACAGACAACACGUGCGAUGCAGUGCAAAUAAUACUAAUGCACACCUGAUUCUUCUUGCAUUUCAUGACUCUCAAUAGUUGCUCCGAUGUGAUUGUACCACACAUUAGCUACUCGCAUUACUUCUCAUUCAGCACGUGAACUGAUAGUGCUGCGAUUAUUUUUCAGUGACACAUAGCCUCUCUACAUUUCCACAUUAUUCCACCUUCUCCAUGUGAACUGUUAGUUGCUUGCCUUGUUGUUGCUGCUGCUCCAGCCACCUUCUUCCUCUUGCUGAUUAUUGCAGCUAGAGUGGGAGGGAGCCAAACUGAGCCCUUGCCCUGGACGUACGGCACACGCAGCUGUAGCGUGGAAUGGGGGAAAAAAGCAGCGUUAGGCCUGAAACUGCUGUGGACGAUGGGGGGUCUCCCCACUAAGGUAAACACUCAGACCACACACUCAGACCCCUCCCCGAAACACGCCUACACACUCACCAGCACACACACGCCGUACAGAUGCUCCUGUGUCCAUACUUCUUACUCCUCACUUGCCUUCAGGGAUUCAGAUUUGUCCGGAUUUUGGAAUUUUUUUUAUUUUUUAUUUUUUGAAACAACUCACCCAUCUUUUUUUUCUCUUCUUAUUAAUGUUUGUUUGGGUUUUUUUUUUUUUUUGGUUUUUGUUUUUGUUUUUGUUUUUGUUUUUUGUUAAAUGGGAGAUUUUUGUUUUUUUUCCUCUUUUCGUUUCCUGUUCAAAUCCUUACAUUUCCCCUCCCUCCUCCCCUCAACAAGUUUUCUCUGCUCAUACAUUCCUGCUCCUAAUGUGACCACUCUCACACAAGUUUUUAAGGACAUCUGUGCCCCCUUUAGUCUAAAUCUGAACACACUCUGCAGCAGGCAUGUUGUUGUAAGUACGUCCUGUUUCAGCCUAUCACCGAAGAGCACCACAGCCAGAGUCGGGGACAUUUAGAUCGAUGGGUUGUCUUAGUUUUUCUAAAAGCGCCCCUGCGGCCUCUUCGGGGGUUAAGUGCCUUGCGUAAGAGCACAGUGGUAGGGCCUCCACUUCAGAGUUGAAUAACCUGGCUCAGGAUCGGUUGCUGGUUCAACGCUCGACUCCCCCCGUCUGAAAACGUUUUUUGAUGCCGCAUUCAACUUGUAUGAAUGACGAUGAACACGGAUGCGACCAUGUUGUUUUAAAUUACAUUUUGUCCUAUGUUCUUUCAAAUGUUUAAUUAUCAAUAAAAUGAAUUUCAACUGAA